UACCAGCUAGGAACAGAGUUUCAAGAUUAUCUCUAAUCCCUCCCUUUAUAUUCCUUUUUUCUCUAAAUAGAAUCUUUAAAACCAUUAAACCUUAUUUGUUUUGAACUCAGAAUCAGAGUUUAUCGCACUCACCAUGGCUGUCACUGUCAAAACCAUGGCUCUCAUUGUUUCGUUUUUCGGUUGCCUCUCUUUCAUUCUCGGUGUUAUAGCCGAAAACAAGAAGCCUGCAGCUGGAACCCCAGUACCUGGCAAGGGUGUUGUCACUUGUAAGUUCCCAGCUGAUCCAACAGUCGCAUUGGGAUAUCUUUCCUUUGCAUUUUUUAUUGUAUCCACUGUGGCCGGAUUUAUGUCUCUCUUUUACCCUUACAAGGGCAAGUCGGUUCCACAAACUGUUCUAUUUAAAAGCACUAGUUUCUUGGUCUUCUUCAACAUUGCAGUGUUCACGACCGGACUAGCUGCAGCUAUGUUGUUAUGGCCGACGAUCACCGAACAGAUGCACCUUCAGCGAAACGUGCACAAUGAUCUCACCUACACUUGCCCUACUGCUAAAACCGGUCUCCUUGGAGGUGGCGCAUUUCUAUCGCUUGAUUCUUCCCUCUUUUGGCUGAUUGCUCUUAUGCUAGCUGGCAAUGCCCGGGAAGAUUUCUUGGAUGAAGAAGAUAAGGAGGGUGAAGUUUCCUCAAGUGCUUAUGCUGCGCAUACAUUGGCUUGAUCAAGUCCCUAGGUAGUAGAGGAAGAAGUAUAUCUGUAUAUGAAAUUAUGAAUGCAGCUUUAGGUACUUUGAUAGUUUAAUGUGAUGAUGGAUUAUGAACUCAAUAUAAAUAACAAGCUUUAGGUACUUUGAAUAACAAGCUUGGUUGAUUUUUCAA